AUGGAGAGACCAUUUCAAGCAAUUGUAACGGGAGCAACUGGUAUCAAUGGUGUUGCCAUAUUCCCUGAGAGGGUUAGACACCACUCAAUUGAUCUGAUUCAGUCGUCUCCUGAACAAAUUGCAGAGAAACUUCAUAAAAAUGGGGUUACGAAUAUCACUUAUGCCUUUUAUGCAGCCUACAAGGAGGAAUCCAACGAGGUUGAUAUGUGCAAAACCAAUGGGACGAUGCUGAAAAACUUUGUACUUGGUCUCGAGAAGAGCAAUUCUAGGUCCUUAAGGAGAGUUGUCUUGACAACGGGUUUGAAAUAUUACGGCCUACAAUUUGGUGCUUCAAGACUUCCACUGGAGGAAUCCGAUGGUCGUAUCCCUGAAGACUUUUCAGGCCACCCAAACUUUUACUAUACCCAGGAAGACAUUCUUAAAGAAAUAAGCGCUAAUAAACAAUGGGAUUACGUGAUUGUUAUGCCUAGUACAAUUUGUGGUGCUUCGCAAGGAAGCUUUAUGAACCAUAUCUUCACUAUUUAUCUCUACGCAAUUAUCUGCAAAGAAUUGAAUGAACCAUUUUAUUUUCCCGGAAACGAGAAACUGUAUAUGGGAUUCGAUGACAUUUCUUACUCUGUUUUAAUUGCUGACUUUGAAGUUUGGGUUAGUCAGAAACGGGAGGCCAGCAAAGAACUAUACAACAUUGUAAACGGAGACGUUCACAGUUGGUCAAAAACAUGGCCAAAGAUUGCUGACUAUUUUAAUUUGAAAGUGCCAAAAAACCAAUUUAACAACUGGUCUUCUUUGAGUGACAAAAUGAAUCUAUCCACUCCUCCUCCUCUCAAGUUACACCAAGAAAAGUUGGGCCUUAGGGACGUAUCAAAUAGUGAAAUAAUCAAUCAUAUGUCCUUAUCCAAAUGGGUCCAGCAAGACAAGGUGAAGAAGGCAUGGAAGCAAAUCGCUGAACGUAAAAAUUUGGAGCCUAGUUUGUUGGACGCAGGUACGUGGAAAUUCACCGACUUUACGUUAGGAAAAACGUACAAUGUCGUUGCAUCCAUGGCUAAAGCUCGUAAAUUGGGCUAUCAUGGGUAUUAUGAUAAUUUCCAAGCAUUCAAAGAAACGUUUGAUACCUUAAAACGUGGAAAAGUUAUUCCUUCUUGA